CUCCUCGUUCCAAUCCCUCCCCAAGCCAGCAGCUUUUAGAUCAUGGCUGGAGCUAAGCCUGCCCAGAGUCCAGAGGAAGGCGGUGUGUGCAUUACUGAAGCCCUUAUCACUAAGCGGAACUUGGCCUUCCCUGAGGAUGACGACCUGUCAGAGAAGAUGUUCCACACGCUUGCUGAACUGCAGACUGUCCGCCUGGACUGGGAGGGAAUUACCACUAUCAGGAACCUAGAGGGCCUCCAGAAUCUUCACAGCCUCUAUCUGCAAGGGAAUAAGAUCGAGCGAAUUGAGAACCUGGCCUGCGUCCCCUCCUUACGCUUCCUGUCUCUGGCAGGAAACCGAAUCAGGCAGGUGGAAAACCUCCGCGACCUCCCACACCUCCAGUUUCUGGACCUUUCUGAGAACCUGAUAGAAACACUGAAGCUGGAUGAAUUCCCCGAGAGCCUUCUCAUCCUCAACCUGACUGGAAACAGCUGCACCAACCAGGAUAGCUACAGGAAGCUGGUGACAGAAGCCCUGCCACUGCUCCUGGACCUAGACGGGCAGCCUGUGGCAGAGCGCUGGACCUCGGACGAGGAGGAUGAAGCCUCAAGCGAUGAGGACGAGGAGUUCCCAGAGCUGAGAGGCCCGUUCUGCUCAGAGCGAGGCUUCCUCAAGGAGCUGGAGCAGGAGAUGAGCAGGCACCGGGAGCACAGGCAGCAGACAGCCCUGCUGGAGCACCUACUGAGGGUGGAGAUGCGGCCCGCCCUCACCGACCUCCCACUGCUGCCAGGGGCGCCUGUGGCCGGGGACAGCAGCCCUUCCGUCACUCCCAGGCAAGGGAAGGAGACAUCCCCGGAGCCUGUCUCCUUGCCACAAGCCUCCUCUGCCACCAAGAAACCAUGCCUUCUGGCUUCCAGGAGGCAGCAAAGCACUGUUCAGUCAGGGAAGGGGGCCAGAGCGGCUGCAGCCGCCAAGGCCUCGCCGGCUGGGGCCCCCAGCACGACCAAAACUGUGACCAAAAGAAUCAAGAAGUGAAGCGCAGCCCAUCGCUACCAGCAAAGCCCCAGGAACAUGGAGGA